AUGCUUCGGCGAACCCGUUUCAGUCGUGCAGCACUCAAAAAGGUAUUAGUGGCUAAUCGUGGUGAGAUUGCGUGUCGCGUGUUUCGAACAUGUCGUGAGAUGAACAUUCGCACUGUUGCAGUUUGCUGUGAAGGUGAACCAAAUGCCAAACAUGUCCAAGAGGCAGACGAGACCUUUAUUUUGGGACCACCACCAGCGUCCUCAUCAUAUCUUCGGGGUGAACGAAUAAUUGAGGCGGCAACGAAGCUUCAAGUGGAUGCUGUACACCCAGGAUACGGAUUUCUCUCUGAAAACCCUGACUUUGCUGCUGCCGUUGUGGAGGCAGGUAUAGAGUUUAUUGGACCUCCAGCUGCGGCUAUGGCCUCCAUGGGUUCCAAGAGUGAAAGUAAACGCAUAAUGGAGGCCGCGGGGGUUCCUGUUGUGCCAGGCUACUAUGGUGAAGAUCAAAGACCUGAGCGGCUCUUUGAAGAGGCUAAUAAAAUUGGAUUUCCUAUACUUAUAAAAGCUGUUUCAGGAGGUGGUGGGAAAGGUAUGAAAAUUGUGAAGAACGCAGAAGAGUUUAAUCUUAUGCUGGAGAGUGCAAAACGUGAGUCAAUAAAUUUUUUCAAGGAUGAUCGUGUUUUGUUAGAACGCUAUGUUACACAUCCACGACAUAUUGAAUGUCAAAUAUUUUUUGAUAAGUUUGGUAACGGUGUCUUUUUCUUUGAAAGGGACUGUAGUGUUCAAAGACGUUACCAAAAAGUAAUUGAAGAGGCCCCUGCACCUCAUAUUACAUCUGAAAUGAGGCAUCGUAUUGGUCAAGUUUCCUUAAAAGCAGCAAAGGCAGUGGGUUAUGUUGGGGCAGGUACCGUGGAAUUUAUUUUUGAUACUGAGCGAGAUGAGUUUUUUUUCAUGGAAAUGAAUACACGUCUUCAGGUGGAGCAUCCUGUAACAGAAGAAAUUUGUCGAAUCAAUGGAGCCCCUCUCGAUCUUGUGCGUUUGCAGCUACAGACAGCGGAGGGACUUCCUUUGGGAUUUUCCCAGGAUGAUAUUUCAAUCCACGGGGUCUGUGUAGAGACUCGUGUGUAUGCAGAGUCGCCAGAAAAUGGGUUUCUACCUGUUAGCGGGAAAUUGGAGUAUAUUAAAGAACCAAAACAAGGUUUUUAUGGAGGGAUAAAAGUACGACUUGACACAGGAUUUCGAUCUGGUGAUGAUGUACUCGUUCACUAUGAUCCAAUGAUAGCCAAAUUGGCAGUUUGGGGUGAAAAUCGUUCAAAAGCCCUCGAGGGAAUGCGUCAGGCGUUGAGUUCUUAUCACGUUAUUGGAGUGCAAACUAAUAUUGAUUUUCUCAUGCGUUGUUGCGUAAAUCCUUGCUUUCUUGAAGGUGGUGUAACAACUAAAUUUAUUGAAAAUAACAAAGAUAAUCUACUUAAAAGAAGACAUAUCGGCAAACAUGUAUUGUCAUUAGGGGCCAUAUCAUUUUUGAGUACCCACAGGACUUCAACCUCUGUAUUCCGUCUUAAUCAUUCACUAGAAGAAAAGGUUUUUUUCUCUAUUGAUGGAAAAAAUGUAAUGGUGUUGGUAAUGAUUUCUAAUGAUGAUAGUUUUAUUUGCGACGUUGACGGCGUCCAAUGCAGGGUUGUGUUUGAGGAAAAGAAGGCCAUGAAUGAUGGUACUUGGGUAUUUACAGUAAAGGUAGACGGUGAACUCCGCUUUAACUUUACAUCUUUUAUCACAAGCAAAGAAGUUGCUCUUAUUUUACCAGAUGGUUUAUACUCUCUGUCUCUGCAACCAUUAGCUGAAGAUUUUGGAAAUAUUACAAUACAAGUUGCUGGAUCGGCUCGUGUACUAAGUCCUAUGCCAGGAAAAGUGACUAAACUUCUCGUGGGUAGUGGAACGAAGGUGAAACAAGGUCAACCACUACUUGUACUUGAGGCGAUGAAAAUGGAACACGUCGUUAAAGCUACUUCUGAAGGUUUGGUAAGUUUGUGCGUUAAAGAGGGUGAUUUGGUAGGAGGUGAUCACUUACUUGCCAAAAUUACUCCCGAUUCCUAG